AUUAGGAAAAAGGGAAUUACAAAUUGCAAUACCGAUGAAGUCAUAUUGCAAUUACAACAAAAGGAUCAGAUCGAAACUCAAAACAGUUUAUUUAUUUUUUUUAAGAAAUCAAGCCGAACAAACCUUAUCCCUAACACAUUGGCCCUCCCGUCCUUUUCAUUUCACUUUCUUCACUCGGAGCCGUUUUCUUCCUUCAGCCCAUCGUUUCUUAGUCACUGGAUUGAAUGUGCCAAAGCGGCGAAAGAAUUAGAUUCUUCCAGAAAAUUAUUACACUUAAGCUAAUCUAGGUUUUACGACUAGGAAUUCAAUCGAACUCAUCCACGUGUCCAAAGUUUAGCCUCUGAUAUUAGGAUGACGUCAGCAACCACGACUCCAUUUUUACUUCCCGCCCACGGCAACCGCUGAUUAUUAUCCUUCCGAUUCUUGUCUUCUAUUUUCCUUCUCUUGCUUCUUGUAUUUAGCCCAACAAUGCGAGGUCUAGCCCAACCCCGAAUUUCAGUUAAAAAGAGUGCAAGUGAGUAAACCGUUUCGAUUUCUUUCUCCAAAUCUUGAUUCCCUUGGCCGGAAUGUUAAAUCUCAGACGCUGGGUUUUCUUAUACAUAGUAACGGUCGUCGUAGCAGCGGCGCAGCCAACCGCGCCACCAAGGGGAGACUCGUACGGGCUUUACUCUCACUUCGACCCCUCAAUGGCUAUCGUCGUUAUGGUCCUCGUCUGCGCUUUCUUCUUCGUUGGCUUCCUCUCCAUUUACAUCCGCCAGUGUAACGAAUCCAACGCCAUUGCCACCGCGUCCGCCGUCGCUGCAGCUUCCUCUGGCGAAAGGUCUCGGCGGAAAGGUCUUGAUUCGGCCGUGAUUGAGAGUUUCCCGGUCUUUAUAUAUUCUUGCGUGAAGGACCUUAAAAUGGGGAAAGGAGCGUUGGAAUGCGCAGUUUGUUUAAGCGAGUUCGAAGACGACGAAGCGCUGCGUUUGAUACCGAAAUGCAGUCACGUGUUUCAUCCCGAUUGUAUCGACGCUUGGUUGGAAUACCAUGUGACUUGUCCCGUUUGUCGAGCUAAACUCACUCCCGAUUCCGAUGGGAAACCAGUAGAGUCAAGCUCAAAUGUCACUGAGUUGAACUCGAAUAAUAAUGAGUGGUCGAGUCCUCCAACAACUCAACGAGUUGAAGAACAAAAUGAGUUCGUCAUUGACGUGAAUGAAGAACCCCGACCGCGAGGGAAAAUAACGGGGAAGUUUCCACGAUCGCACUCGACGGGUCACUCACUGAUUCAGCCAGGGGAGAACGUGGAAAGGUAUACCUUGAGAUUGCCAGAGGAAAUUAAGAAGCAAAUUGCGAAAAGCGGGAGGUUGAAGCGGACGAGGAGUUACGACGUCUUGUUGGGAAGGGAAGGUAGUUCUAGGAAAGGCGAAGGAAGUAGUAGAGGGAAGAGUUAUAUUGAUAGGCGGGUGCUUUUAAGGACUCCGCCGUUUGUUUCGAGGAUGGGUUCCGUUAAGCCUCAGAAAGGUGGCGCUGGAGAUGGAGAUGGGUCGAAUUCAUGGAGAGGGUUGACGUCCGUUAAAGGGAAGUUAAGUUGUCUUAACUUGAAGGUUGAACAAAUUGACAGCGACGAAUCCUCGGCUCGGCCGCCGGUAUAACUGUUGUUCAGUCUGUGUAUUACUGUAAUUAUAAAAUUAAAGUAGUUUAGGGUUUUGGUUUUUUAGUUUAAUUCUCUUUUUGGAUAAUCACAGCUCCAUCAAAACUAAUGAGAAAAUUAAUUUGGGAAAGAAUGGAUUAACAAAUACUAUGGUAAUCCUGAUUUAUCCCAUUUUAAUCUUGCUUAAUAGUAUUGUUUUGAUUUUCCUUUUUUUUUUUUGGGUGGAACCCUUUUGAACGGAAUCUUCAUCUGAAUGGGGUUCGAUUGGAAUGUGGAAGUGGGGGUAAAGAAAUUUAGGCGAGGAUCUUUCAUAUUA